GAGUAAAACACUGGAGAAAACAACGAAAUGAAAAUGGUAGGCGCGUUCUCCUUUCAACAGUAAAAUAAGACUUUUAAAAUAAACAAAAGAAAGUCCAUCUACGUCUGAAAAUUUGGGAUGACAAAAUGAUUCAAAACCUCGACACAAUAUCGCGCGAUGGACUGGUGCGAAGCUUUGGGUAUAUAAGUUUUGAGUUUUGGGCAAAACAGUGAUAAACAGGUCUGCGACGGCACAACAAUUCUCUACUCUACUGUACCCUACAGCCAUUGUAGUUCGAUGGGGAAAAAGGUGAAGAAAAAUAAAGAUGAAGAUAAAGAUAAAAGCUAUCGUGAAAGAUUAGCAAUAUGUGAUAAAGUAGUAGGAUAAUUGAUAUCUAUGCUACUGGAUGGUGAUAACACUUAUCUAACCAAGGGGUGUGUGCAUGAAAGGGUGAUGGCAGUAACGAAAGCAAAGUAUCAACUCCAUGAUCCACAGUUCAUACUGCAAUUGUUGAGAAAUCUGAUGGAACCUAUUAUUGCAGAAAAUGGCAGUGGUGACGACGUCCAAGAUGCAUUUAAAGCCCUUAAGUCAUAUUUGACGCAAUAUGCAAGUCCAGUUCAAAAGAAGCGAAGUGCCAAGCACCUUCCUGACUCAAUCUCACUCACAGCAUUGCAAAAGGAAAUGGUGGUGCAGCCGGAGGCUACUGUGGACCAAACGCAGCAAUUAAUCACAGAGGAUAAGUUGUUUAGCAUAGUAAAAAAUAUGGUAAACGAAGUUUUGGGUCCUUAUUUAGGAAGGCUACAGAACCAAAAGCUUACAAAUCCUGUAAGUAUUCAUGGAGAUCCUGAGUCUAGCAGAGGAGCUGAGAUUUGCAACAACAUACAGGUUGCUCUGUAUAUGAAAGACUAUGGUGGUGGUUUUGAAUUCUGUAAUCCGUCAGACGACCAGAUAUAUGAUGAUUCGGGUGAAGGCAUCAGUGGUGCUAUAGCAUAUCCACACAAUAUGGAACUGUCACAAGAGAACACCUUUACUGUUGAUCCUGUUCUUCCGUCACUGCUGUGUUCUGAUAUGGAAAACUUUGGUUAUUUUGGACUCUGUGGUCUGUCAGACAAUGAGAUAUGUGGUCUUUCGGGCGAAGGCACCAGUGAUGCCAGAGCAAAUCAACUCAAUAUGAAACUGUCACAAGAGAACACGUUUACCGUUCAAGGGUGUGCAGAUAUUCAGAACUCAUUACCUGCCGUAGCUGAAGUUCACCAUAACCCAGUAAUGCAUGGCCUCACAAAGAAGUCGGCCGAGGCAAAGGGCAAGAGAUCGGUUGAAGAGAUAAAGGACGAAGCUUAUAUCAAAAAAGGCAAAACGAAGGUGGUGAAUGACAACUGAUUCAAAAGAAAAUCAACUGAUUUUACUGAAGAAACCAAGGUUUAUAUAAUUGCUUCUUUUCUUUUCAAAAGAUUAUGACUUUUAAAUAAAGUCCCAAUGGGUUUAUUGGGAUGUUGAUGAACUGAAGAUACAUAGGUGUGUUUUUGUGUGACGGUUUGUGUGUGAAUUUUCUGUUUAUUAUCAGGAGUCUUCAGUAUUGUGAACUCCAUGCUCCGCGUAUGGAUUUUUUUUUUCUUAUUGGAACUGGAUUGUUUU